UGGACAGAGGACAGAGUAGGUCAAAUGAAGAAGCUCUGUGACCUAGGGACACUGGCAUAGUGUUUUUUUUUUAACUGCUAAAGAAGAUAACCGGCGAGUGCGACGCAAAGAAAUUUUGAAGAUUGCAGGCCACGAACACAGCACUUCCUCUUUUGUUCCAUUUGUCAUUGCAGCAGAGACAGAAGUCUUCAUGGGGACCAGUGUAGAACUGCGUUGGCCAAGUGUCAUUAUACAGACACUGAACCUGCAUGUAGUCCUGGCACAAAGUCAAGCAGGCAUAUCUGAACAAGGAAUCAUUUAAAGGUUAACUGCAUUGCAUCCUGUAGAGACGGCAUGGUGUGCUCCUAGCCACUCAUCAAAAUGCCUGGAAAGAAAGAUGCCAAAAAGGAUGUAAAGAAGGGUGGAAAACCUGAACCAGAGAAAAAGAAAGAGGAGGAAAAGAAGGGGAAGGAGGACAAGAAGGGAGGAAAAGAUGAUAAGAAAACCGGCAAGGAUGAUAAGAAAGUCGGAAAAGAUGAUAAGAAAGGUGGAAAAGAUGAUAAGAAAGGGGGAAAAGAUGAUAAAGGGGGAAAGAAGGGAAAAGAGGAGCUAUCCAAGGGGAAGGAUGAUGGAAAGAAGGGAAAAGACAAAGGUAAAGGUAAAAAAGUAGAGUCUGAAGAAGAAGAGGAGGAGCUCCUGAGUGACGAGGAAGAGGAUGAAGAUUUCAGUGAUGAGGAUGUGGAAGACUCCGAGGAUGACAGGAGAGGGAAGGGACGAGGAGGCAAGGGAGCUAAAGGAAAGAAAGGAGGAAAGUCUAGACGUGGGGAAGACUCAGAGGAGGAUGAAGAAGAGGAUGAGGAUGAAGAAGAGGAUGACGAGGAUGAAGAGGAUUAUGGCAAAUCCAAGAAAAAAUCCAAAGAUGACCGCCACUAUAAAGGAGGGAAAUCUGAUGCUGAUACAAAAAAGAAAAAAGGCAAAAAGAAAGAAGAAGCUCCACAGAUUCCAAUAAAGGACAUUCCAAAGAAAGGUCUGAAGAACAUGUCGAGGAUGUUCAUGAAGUUUUCUGGUUUCAAAAGGCGCAGAAACAGCAGGAAGAAGCUGAAAAGUACAUCACGUUUGUUCUUGGGUUUAGGGAAGAGAAAGACCCGACUUGCUAAAAAGAAACGGCGGAAGUCUAUGCUGAAGAACACAUCUCGAUUUAUGAUGAGAUUUAAGGCCAGCAAAAAGAGGAAAAAGGAGAAAGAGGCCAAAGACAAGGAAGCAGCAAAUGGUGGGAAGAAGCCAACCUAUAUGCUGCUUCGUCUAGGGGGAGGGAAAGAAUCAAAUGAGAAGAAGGGUUUCUUCAAAGGUUUGUUUGGAAAAAAGGAUGGUGACGGGCCUGCUGAUGACUUCAAGAACAGAAGCAUGCUACUGGGUAAAGUUGCGGCUGCAACUAAUUGGCUGACCAAGCGCUUCCUAUCCACCAAAAUGCGAGGAAAUUCAGGACAUCAUGGCUGGGGUGGGCGUAGGGCACAUAGCCGACAAGUUAGCUCCAGAGGUCACCUCCAUGGUUACCUUAACGAUGGUUAUGAACAUGGAGAGGACAUGUAUGGAUAUGGUCAUUCAGGCCACCAGAAAGGGUAUGGAGGGUAUGAUGAUGGUUAUGGAGAUGAGGGUCAGUUUAAUUACUAUGACAAUAGGGCAGCGGGAGAAGACUAUCAGGACCUGGGUUACUAUGAAGAAGAAGGACUGUAUGAUCCAAAUGCAGAAUAUUAUGAGGGUGGUCUUUAUGAUGAGGGCAUGGGGGAUUACUAUAACCCUUAUUCCCCUGCCCAAGGUUACUAUGACAACCAGGAAACUGAUUACUAUGAUUACCAACGACAACAACAACAGGCAAUGUAUGGUGAGGAGGGUCUGGACUACUAUGCACAAAUGAGUGAGGACCACAUGUAUGGAGGAGAGGUAGAUGGAUUCCUUGACCCUCAGGCUCAUGGUUACUAUGAUGAAAACGGUCAAGCAGUUUACUAUGGAGAUGGUCAAAUGGGUUACUAUGACAAUGGACAGGAAGGCUCUUAUGAGAACCCUUAUGCAGCAGGUAUGAGAAUGCAAGGUGUUUUAUCACCACACUAUCAACUUAGCUAUAGCGAUGCUGGCAUGCCCUACCAAGACUUCAGCUCCCAGCAGACAGUUGGAUUCCAACCAGGAGGCCAGCAGAUAUUUGGCUUAGGAGGGCAAGGACUAGGUCAACCACAGGGACUGUUUGGGGACCAGUAUGCAGGACAGUUGGAUCAAUUUGGGUAUGAUACUGGUGGAGUUCAGGGAGGGGAUGUGACAUUCAGAGUUCCUAGACCUCAGGUGCGUCUGUUUGGGAAAGAGCGUCUAGAUGUUCCCUUGCCUCCUCCCCCUACUUUGCCACCAGAUCCAGAAUUUGAAGACAUGUCAGAAAUCCAGUAUGAAGACCAGUUUCCUCUUGCACUGGGUCAACCUGGUGACAUGAUAUCAUUACAGCAGCAAAUGGCAAUGUCACAGCAACAACAAAUGACGAUGCCUCCUCAGCAACAAAUGAUGAUGUCCCCACAGCAAACUAUGUUGCCCCCCCAAGAACCAAUGAUGAUACCCCCUCAAAUGAUGCCACCACAGCAGCAGAUAGUGUUACAAGAGCAAAACAUGUCCCCCCAAAUGAUGCCAUCACAGAUUUUGACACCCCAGCAACAAAUGAUGUCACUACAGCAACAGAUGUUGCCCCAGCAAAUGAUGGGGCAACAGAUGUUGCCCCAGCAAAUGAUGGGGCAACAGAUGUUGCCCCAGCAAAUGAUGUCGGCACAAGAGCAGAUGAUGGCACAGCAAAUAAUGUCACCACAAGAGCAGAUGAUGCCGCAGCAACAGAUGAUGUCUCCACAACUGAUUUCACCACAGCAGCAAAUGAUGAUCGACCCAAUGAUGAUUUCGCAGCAGGGUUAUGGACUACCAUCAAUCCCUACUCCAACUGCCAUGAUUAUUAAGCAAGCAAGCAUGUCCCCCCUUCCUGCACGGCGCCUGCAACCCUCUCCAACUCCAUCCCGCCAUUCUGUUAUCAUGCCCUCCCCACAGAUGCAACGGCAUCCUUCUGCAAUGGCUUCCCCGAUACCCUCUCCUAUGCUUGCUCAGAGACACAGACCCUCCCCACAACCAUCAAUGAGGAGUGGAUUCAUUAAUGCCCAAAGACAACGCUCUGUUAUGUCAAGACGGAUGUCACCUCCUUCCUCCCCUAUGGCCUCCCCACUCGCUCGUCGCAGAAUGCCACCUCAAAGAUCACCGUCUCCCCUGGCUCAAGGACCCUCAACCACCCGCUCUCCCCGUACCUCAGUGAUUCAACGUAGUCCUCCACACUCACCAAGAGCAUCAAUGAGACAAUGCACUCCACCUCCGUCACCUCGUGCUUCAAUGAGGAGGUCAAGUCCCUCACCAUCACCCACUCCUGCCCGCAGCCCAUUUGUAGGGAGAAAGAUACAUAGGUCUCCCUCCCCUCCUCUCUCCCCUGGUCAUGCAUCCCCCCCUCACUCUCCAUGGCUCAGCAGAAGACCAUCUCCCUCUCCUUCCCCAUCUCGCUCUAGUUUAUCCCCUGUAGGGCCCAGGCCUGCACCAUCAUCUCCAACCCUGUCUCGAAGAUCAACUUGGCUUCUCAGGGACCCCACACCAUUGGCCAGGCCUAGAUUUGGGGGAAAUGUUCCUUUAGGCACUGUUAGGCCCUCUCCUAUGGGUCUUCGAGGGCGUCCAGUGCCUCCACCGACCCAGAAUGUGCGGCCAUUCCGUGCCUUCUCUGUAAGAAGUAAUAGGUCUUCUGUUCUUACAGUUGACUCCUCCCUUAACUCCUCUCCUUUCCACUCACCUCACAUGGUCCAUCGUGCUCCCCCGAAGAGGAGGGAAUCUGGCAGACUUCCCCCACGUCCAAUCGCUCGAGGACGCCCCCUAAUGGCCCAGCAGUCCUUAAGAAGGAUGCCUACUGCCUCCCCACAACUCUCUCUUAAACAUAUGCCACAUCCUGCAUCCCCACACCUCUCUCCUCGACUUUCUCGUCAGUCCUCCCCUCAACUGCCCCCUCGUGCUGUCCAUCCACCUACUUAUAAAUCAGAACCUUAUGUGUCUGGACAAUAUGCUGAUCCUUACACUGAUCAGCCACAACAGUUUGUCGUUCCCUCUUCUCCCAUGCUAUCUGGUGCUUUACAGAACCAGGUUAUCCGACAGGCAUCUUACUCUUCCACCCUUGGACCAGGGUCAGCCCAAAUGGUAGGUAUAGAUGGCAUGGGUACAGAAUUAAUAGAACCUUAUGUUCCCUUAUCUCCUACACUGUCUGGUGCAAUACAAAACCAGGUAAUUCGGGAUGCAUCCUAUGUUCCUUUGCUGCAGAGACCAAUGUCUCCUUAUGAGCAACCUAUGGCCCCUUCAUCUCCCGCACUGUCUGGUGCUCUGCAGAAUCACUCUAUACGAGAUGCGUCUUUUGCUUCCCCUUUACAUAGGCCAGUGUCACCUUAUGAGCAGCCUUUGCCCCCCUCUUCCCCAGUGCUAUCUGGUGCUCUGCAAAACCAAGCAGUAAGAGAUGCAUCCUAUGUGUCUCCUCUUCAGAGACCUCAGUCACCAUAUACCCAAUCUGUACCUUCUACUCCAAUACUCUCUGGAGCUAUGCGACAUGGUCAGGCACUAAGAGGCAUGGCUUCUUAUCAGACUCCACAGCUCCGUUCACCAUAUGGGCCAACUGUUGUUACUCCAUAUGAUUAUAUCUCUGAGCCUGGCCCAGCACCACUGCUCCACGAUGCACUGCAAAACCGAUCUGGUUUGCAGAAUGUCUCAGCUUUAAGAUCCCCUAUGAUGCAACGUCGUAACCCUUAUGCACCAGCUGGGCCUCAGCUCCACAGUGCUCUUCAGCAGAGCUCAAUCCUUCGCCAAGCAUCUUAUCAGACACCUAUGCAAAUGAGACGGUCCCCAUAUGGGCCUCAACCACCCUCUUCACCAAUGUUAGGAAGUGCCCUGCGAAACCCACAGUUAAUGCAGGCAUCAUACCGGUUGCCCGAUGGAACCUUGGUGUCACCUUACGCAGAUCCACGCUCCUCCCCUUUGCUUGGCAGCGCAUUGCAAAACCAACAAGUCCGUGGAGCCUCAUAUACCCUGCCUGAUGGAUCAGUUAUUAGGGACCCUCGAGUGCCCCAGAAGCCAAUGUCUCCCAACCUUUCCAGAGCUCUUCAGAACCAGGAUGUCAAGUCUGCAACAUAUACUCUUCCUGAUGGCACCAUUAUAGAUCCCAGACAGCAACAAACCAUUUCCCCAAACCUGGCUAAGGCCCUAAACAACCCGCUCUUGCGUGAAGCCUCCUACUCUCUUCCUGAUGGGACAAUUGUGAUAGACCCUAAAAAACAAAAGUCGCCAAACCUUGCAGCAGCACUUCAAAACCCUUACCUAAAAAGUGCAUCUUACACCCUGCCAGAUGGCACUAUCAUCAUUGAUCCACGGAAGCCUGUCUCUCCAAACCUAUCCAACGCCCUUCAGAACUCUGCACUGCGGAGUGCCUCCUUUACACUUCCAGAGGGCGUUCAAGACCCCAAUGUACCUGUAUCACCAAACCUUGCUAAGGCUCUCAACAAUGCAGCCUUGAAAGGAGCUUCAUACACCCUCCCAGAUGGAACUAUUAUCGUGGACCCAAGGAAACCAAAGAGCCCUAACCUGGCAGCUGCCCUGCAGAAUCCCUAUCUAAAGGGUGUGUCCUACACCCUGCCUGAUGGAACCAUCAUCAUUGACCCACGGAAACCAGUUGGCCCUGACCUGUCUAAAGCUCUUCUGAAUGAGAACCUUCGUAAUGCAACAUAUCAGCUCGCUGACGGUUCCCUGGUUAUCCCUGGCCAGACGCCAUCAUCUCCUAACCUAGCAGCUGCUCUAAGGCAAAACCAGGCACUUCGUUCUGCAGGUCUCUAUCAUCUGUCAGACAACUCUGUACUGUCAGGUGUGCCUAAACCCACCCCUCCCAACCUUGCCUCUGCGCUGCAGAAGGAGGACUUACAUGGUGUCAAUUACAGGCUGCCUGAGAAGUCUCUUCUCACACGUCGGUUCCACAACCCAAGCCUGUCUGACGCCAUCCAAAACCAGCACCUCCGUUAUGCCUCAUACUCGGUGCCAAAAGAACUGCAGGGUGAGGACAAUCGCUAUGCUGUGAUUCCUCCAUAUGGGCCACGUUCAGGCCACUGGGCCAGGAAUGCCCAAGGAGGUGGGGAAGGAGGGGAGGAUGUUUGGGCAGCUGAGAGGGUUUUACCACAUGGGACAGUCCAGAAUUUGUCUAAGUGGUCCAUGUACAGAGAAGAUGGGGUGUUAGAAGGAUAUUCACUUACACCUCGAGUUGUGGACGGACAGCCUCAGGAUCCAUACUGGACUCCUGACAGAGAGGCAGCACCAGGUCAAAGCUGGUAUGACAAGAUCUUCUCUAUUUUAAGCAUGCCUACAACAGGCCACAGGGUUAAACGCUGGGCGGAGGGAAUGGAGGACAUGACACAGCUCCCCGAGCUGAAUGAGACCACAGUUCUGAUGAACCUGAAGAAACGCUACGACCAGGAGCUUGUAUACACCUAUAUUGGCAGCAUCCUUGUGUCCGUGAACCCGUACAAGUUGCUCAACAUUUACGGCACAGAUAUGGUUCUCCAGUAUGAAGGUCACGGUCUGAGUGAGAACCCUCCUCAUCUUUUUGCCAUUGCUAAUCUCUCAUAUACCACCAUGAUGGAUGCCAAAAAGGACCAGUGCAUUGUGAUCAGUGGAGAAAGUGGGUCAGGAAAGACUGAAGCCACUAAACUGGUCUUACGUUACCUGACAGCCAUACAUCACAAACGCAACAUCACACAACAGAUCGAGAUCCUAGAGGCCAUGCCCCUGUUGGAGUCUUUUGGGAAUGCCAAAACAGUGCGCAAUGACAACUCAUCACGCUUUGGCAAAUACACGCAGAUCUACAUGGACGGGGGUGUAAUCAGCGGUGCCAUAACGUCUCAAUACCUGCUGGAGAAGUCCCGCAUUGUCUUUCAGGCCAAAUCGGAGAGAAACUACCACAUCUUCUAUGAGAUGUUGGCAGGUCUUCCUAAUAAUGAGAAGCGGCCACUGUAUCUGCAGGAGGCUGAGACGUACUACUAUCUGAAUCAGGGAGGGAACUGUACCAUUGAGGGGAAGGAUGAUGGGCAGGACUUUAGGCGCUUGCUGAGUGCCAUGGAGAUCCUGUGUUUCACCCCAGAGGACCAAAACGGUAUCUACAGACUUCUGUCCUCUAUCCUUCAUCUGGGGAACGUCUACUUCCAGCCACACCAGGCCGAUGGUCAGGAAGUGGCAUCGGUGGUGAGCACUCAGGAGAUCAGGGUGGUAGCUGAACUGCUGCAGGUCUCACCUGACAGCCUGCAGAAGUCUGUGACCUUCAAACUGACGGAUACAGUGCGGGAGAAGAUUUACACUCCGUUGACAGUGGAGAGUGCUGUGGAUGCCAGAGAUGCCGUUGCCAAGAUCCUGUAUUCGCUGCUGUUUAGUUGGCUGACAGAGCGCAUCAACGGACGAGUCUACCCUCGCAGCGAAGCCCUGUCCAUCUCCAUAUUGGACAUAUAUGGAUUUGAGGAGCUACAGCUGAACAGUUUUGAGCAGCUGUGCAUCAACUACGCCAAUGAAACUUUGCAGUUCUUCUUUAACAGAGUCAUCUUCCAGGAAGAGCAGGAAGAGUACAUGCGGGAGCAGAUUGAGUGGCAGCAGCAGCCCUUCAGCCACAACCAAGCAUGUCUUGACCUCAUUGCUGCUAAGCCUCAUGGGAUCCUGCGCAUCCUGGAUGACCAGUGUGGUUUCCCUCAGGCAACAGAUCACACCUUCCUUCAGAAGUGCCACUAUCACCAUGGAAACAGCACACUUUAUACCAGGCCAAAGAUGCCACUGCCAGAGUUCACCCUGAAACACUACGCAGGGAAGGUCACGUAUCAGGUGCACAAAUUCUUGGAUAAAAACUUUGACAUGGUCCGCCACGAUGUUUUAGACCUCUUCAUCCAGAGCAAGAACAGAAUGGUGUCAAGCCUCUUCUUGAAGCACUCUGAGUCCGUGUCUCAGCAGCGCUCUAACUCGCGGCACAGCAGCACAGCUCGCCGUUAUCAGGCCAACACGGUCAGCGCGAAGUUUCAGAACAGCCUGCAGGAGCUGCUGGAGAAGAUGGAAAGGUGUAACCCUUAUUUUGUGCGAUGCAUCAAACCAAACCAUCAUAAGGAGUCAGGAGUGUUUGACAUGGAGCUAGUCAACACUCAGCUGCAUUAUUCUGGUAUCAUGGAGACCAUCUACAUCAGGAAGGACGGUUUUCCAGUCAGAUUAUACUUUCACAGCUUCCUGUCAAGGUAUAAACCCCUGCUCUGCCUGAAGGAUUCUCCACCUGCAGAUGGAGAGAAUUGUGUCGCCAUGCUCCACAAACUCGUUCCAGUCAAGAGCGGCUCGUAUCAGCUGGGAGUCAGUAAAAUUUUCCUGAAAGAGGAGUUGUAUCAGCUGCUGGAGGGGAAGCGUGACCGUGUGCUGCACCUUGCCGCCAUGACGCUGCAGAGAUACACCCGCAUGUGUUUUGUACGAAAGAACUUUAUGAAAUUCAGACGCCGUGUGACCCUGUUUGAAGCUCGUUCCAGAGGCUACCUGGCCAGACAAAGGUUCGCUCUGAAGAGGAAGUACCUCAUCAGGCUACGCUCCACCGUGCUGCUCAUUGUCAACCGCCAGCGUUACAUGAGGACAGUGGUGGCGCCUGCAAGGAAGGCAGAGGAGGAUCGCAUCAAUCGAGAAGUAGUGAACGUGACAACACUGCCCAUCCCCACUGAGCUGGCUGGACUGCUGCAGGCAGCUGCAGGUGGUGAGGAGUUGCAUUCAGACUGCUUGGCGGUGGUUCAGGCUCCAAAGGUUCAGGUUGACCCUCAGCUGACUCUGCCCCUGGAUAUCAACAACUACCUCAUGACACACUACAUCAGGGCCAUAUUUAGGGAACCGUUGUUUGGGAUGCUGACCGCCCCGCUGGAGAAUUCCCUAAUUCGACUGGAGGAGGAGCUAAAACAAGGAGCCCUCAACAUUUUCAUUCUGAUUCUCCGGUUCAUGGGUGAUCCAAACCUGAACGGGGCUCAAGAGAACUUAUUUGGGAACUACAUCAUCCAAAGGGGACUCGCUAAUCCCAGCCUCAGAGAUGAGAUCCUGGCUCAGGUAGCAAACCAGGUGUGGAGGAAUCCUAACAUCCUGAAUUCAGAGCGUGGUUGGCUGCUCCUCUCCUCCUGCCUUUCUGCCUUCCUGCCCUCGCAGAGGAUCGCUAAAUACCUGCUGAAGUUUGUGUCUGACUAUGGCCCAGAGGGCUACCGCUGUGUGUGUCAGCACCGCCUGCUUCAGGCUCUGCAGCGGCUCAACGUCGGUCCGGAGUAUGUGCGGACCUACCCGCCCUGUCUGCUGGAGUGGACGGCCAAUCGCAAGCGAGCUCACACUGUUCUGCACAUACACUGUUUUGAUGGUGUGUCCUUCCUGUGUCCUUUACACUCGUGGACGACGGGAGAAGAGAUGGCUAAAGACAUCUUACAACACAGGGGUGUGGUGGAGGGGCGUCGAGGCUGGUCGGUGCUGCUGAAGGAGCCGGCUCAGUGGGUGGAACUAGAGGGGUCAGACUACGUUCUGGACUUGAUGUCGGAUCUGGAGCUUCCUGCUGACUUCCCCAAACACAGCAGCUACUUUAUCAUCUCUGCACAGGAGCCAACUAGAGUGCGACCUAAUGCCAGCAUAAGCCUGCUGGGUGGUGGGUUUGAUAUGAGUGAUGAUGUCAUAUCUUCUGCCAUACCUGGGUCUGAUGGAGUUGGUCAAGACUUGGAGCCUCAGAGAGGGAUGGAUCGCUAUCUUGACAGCCUGUUUGACCCCGUACUGUCUGACGGAACUGGAGACGCUGAAUCAGCUGCAGGACUGUCGAGCCGGAUGAAGGGCGCUGGAGGAGUGGGUGGGGCCUGGCAACAGCAAGGCCAGUCCACCGGGCCUCCACUUCCACCUGGAGCUGUGAGAGUCCUUCCUGUGGGAGGUGUGAUGUCGCCUCUCGUUGCCACGGUGGCACCUGCAACACCUGAUGCCCAGCAGGCUGUUUUGGCCCAGCAGCAGCAGGCGAUUGUGAACCAGCAAGCCAUCAUCAUGGCUCAGCAGAUGACCAUGCAGGCCAUGGCCAUGGUCGGCAGUCCAGCGACGAGUCCCCCGACAUCCCCGAUCACAAGCCCUCCCAUGAGUCCUCUGCUCCAUCACCCUCCAAGCCCAUUAGCCCCCGCUAGCCCAUACGCCAUCAUACCUCCAAGUCCAUAUGCGAACAUUCCACCGAGCCCCUAUGCUAACUUCACUCCUUCUCCAUACGCUGCAGCAGACAUCCCGCCCAGCCCCUAUCCCUCCUUCGGUCAACAAAGUCCAUUGCAGUCUCAACCUCCUGCUGGUCUCCAGACUCAGCCUCAGGCCUCCCGAACCAAUCCUCAGCCAAACUCCACCAAAACUAGCAGAGCUGAACCAGCGCAGCCUGCAGCUAACCCCGCUACACAGGGUCAAUCAGGUAAGGACAGCGUCACUCGGAUCAAGGCUCCGGGCAUCCCCAUAAACAAGGACAAACCAGCCAAGAAAUUUGCUCCAGUGGCGAUGUCUCCUCCACCCCCUGCUGGUGAGAUGGUGAAAUACUCAGCUCGGGCCUCAGAUCACAUUGUCCCCAGCCAAGAUAUCCAAGAAAUCAUCAAAAGGUACAACUCCCCACCGCCACCACCUGAGCCGCUGCCACCUGGAAAAAGUAGACCAGAGGGGAAGUUUAAGAAGAAGCAAACACCUCGUGAUGAAGCUCUACAGAUCCUCAAACCCCAGAUGGACAACCCUCCUGCUCCUCAGCCCAAACGUCCUGUUACCCCUUCACCCUCUGCUUCUGCAAUGAAAGAGGCAGAUUUUAAACCGGCCAAGACCACAAAGAUGAGGGCGUCUAAUCGUCCCCCUCCUCCUCCUCCUCCAGUUUCUCGAGAACUUCCAGUGGAGAUGGAGACCAUCCAGACGCAGCUCCAUCAGAGCACCAAUGAGGAGCACUACACCUACACCAACGUUCCCUGGAGGCUGUAUCUCAGGAAGGAGGUGUUCUAUCCCAAAGACAGCUUCAACAAUCCUCUGGUGCUGGAUCUCAUUUUCAAACAGAUAGUGAAAGACACACUGUCGGAAUCAUGUGUUCGCAUCACACAGGAUGAAAGACGGAAAAUGAAAGCUCUUUUCGCUAAACACGGUGUUGAACAGAAUAUGGAUCCAGUGGAGGAGCAUGUGAAGAAAACCAUCGUCACGGCAGCCAGAGAGACCUGGGAAAUAUACUUCUCCCGACUCUUCCCUGCCUCGGGUAGUGUAGGAACAGGUGUGCAAGUGCUGUCAGUGUCCCACAGCGGCAUUAAACUGCUGAAGACCGUAAGAAGCAACGCUGCAGCUCCAGAUUACUUCAGGGUUCUUCGACCCUAUACUUAUGCCGACAUCCUGUUUGUGACCAUCCCAUCUGAGAACAUGCUGGAGUUCAACCUGACCAAUGAGAAGCUGAUCCUGUUCUCAGCCAAGGCUCCGCAAGUCAAACAUCUCAUAGACACCUUCAUCGAUGAGAUCAAAAAGGACUCGGAUUAUGUGAUUGCGGAGCGUAACUUUGUGACGGACGACCGCUCCAUGCUCAGUUUCCACAAAGAAGACAUCAUCAGGCUGCAGGUUAUGGACGGGCUGCAGAAAGGUUACAGCUACGGUUGUGUGGUGAAGAAGAAGGUUGUGUUUCUGGAGGAGCUGAAGAGAGACACUCAAGACUUUGGUUGGAAGUUUGGUGCCGUGUUCGGCCGCUCGGGCGCCUUCCCGUCAGAGUGCGUCCAUCCCAUUGCGCCUCCUGACUUCCUGUUGCUGCCGCUGGACCGCAGGGCGGAGCCUCGUGGCGGUGCGGGACAGUUCGCUGUGUCAUCGGCGGUUGCUGCCGCCGUGGCGUCGACCAUGGCCGCGCAUGAAAUUGAUCAAACGAUUGAGAAAGUUUCCCUUGAUGGCUUUGAUGACGGAGACCUGGACGAGAAGACCCUGCUGGACAGUAGAUAUGACAUGUUGGAGUUUGCCAAGAAGUACUUCAGACAGACAGCCAGCGGGAAGGGAGAUUCCCUGAAGAGCAAAACCAAGAACAGAGACUCCAGGGAGCCUACUGAAAUGAUCAAGUUCUCCAAGACUCCUUUGACUGAGUCUCUGAUAGAGUUCACAGACUCAGCCAUGAACAGAGUGGCAGCCGAUCUCUUCCUAUGCAUCAUGCGUUUCAUGGGUGACUCUUCCCCAAGAGGACAGACAGAACAGGAGGUGGUGAGCAAUUUCCUCAAGCUCGUUGCAGAUUUCGCCUUAAUGAGGGAUGAGGCUUACUGCCAGCUCCUCAAACAGCUUACCACCAACACCAGCUCCAAACCCGAUAGUUGCCAACGAGGCUGGAGGCUGCUGUACAUCCUGACUGCUUUCCAUCGCUGCUCUGAAGUCCUCAAGCCCUUCCUGCUGAAAUAUCUGCAGCAGGCCUCUCGCAGUGCAGGGACACAGUAUCAAGGCAUAGCUAAGGCGUGCGAGCAGAAUCUGAAGAAGACGUACCAGUUUGGAGGUCGCAUGGUUGCACCAAACAGCAUGGAGCUGAAGGCUAUGAUGGCUGGACGAAGUUCCAAACGUCAGCUGUUUCUCUUUCCUGGAGGCAUUGAACGUCAUGUGAAACUCAAAACGUGUUCUGUUGCUCUGGAGGUGAUUGAGGAGCUGUGUUAUGAGAUGGGUUUACACAGACUGGAGGCCAUGGAGGAGUAUGCUGUGUUUUUAGUGACAAACAGAGGUCAGAAUGUGCGUCCACUGAACAAACAUGAGUACAUCCUGGAUGUGGCCACCGAGGCCGAGCUUGUCGACUCCAACUACAGCUUCUGGUUCCGACGAGUUGUCUGGACUCAGCCGCUCAAGUUUGAGAACGAGCUCUGUGUGACCAUGCAUUAUAACCAGAUACUCCCAGACUAUCGUAAAGGUCUGCUGAAUGUUCUUCCACAUGGAAAAGUGAGCGACCAGCAGUUCCACCAGACCUCCAAACUGGCAGCUUUGCAGCACCGAGCCAAAGACAUCAUCUUCAUCCCCAGCAUACACGACUUGUCUGAGUAUGUUACCACACCUCUCUUCAAAAAGCAGCCGCCCCAGCAGUGGGUUACCAUGGUGACGCAGCACAUGCAGCAAAUACAGACACUGAACCCACACCAGGCCAGAGCACAGUUCCUGGGGCUAGUCAGUGCCUUCCCCAUGUUUGGCUCCUCGUUCUUCUACAUUCACAGCAGCAGCUCCACAACCUUCUACGCUCCCUGUAUCCUUGCUGUCAGUCAACAUGGUCUCCACUUCCUGCACAAAAACACACAUGAGCUGAUGGCAGUGGUCCCCCUGGUGGAGGUGCAGUCCAGCCGUACACAGAGGCCCACCGCUGGAGCCAGCUACCCAUAUGUGGACCUCACCUUGGGGGACAUGAACACACAUCGGGUCAUUCAGCUGCAGCUGGAGCAGGGCCUGGAGCUGUGUCGAGUCAUCGCCAUGCAGGUGGAAAACAUGAUGUCUGUGCGGGAAAAAAGGCUCACUCUGCCACCCAGUGAAAUCACCAUGCUGUAACACACUUGUGCCCAACGCACAAACUCAUGUACAUUCACACAUGUAGAUGAAACCUCUAGAAAUAGCCUACCUCUCCUUACCUGAAGGUGUUUGUUGUAUGAAUCGAACACACACUAACGUGUAAAAUCACUUUUAUUUUGUUGUUGUUCUGUGCAGCCUGGAAACAGUGAGUGUCAACACUGAUUAAUGUUUAUUUUUUUCAGUUUGACACCUUGAUGUUUGCCCUCACUGCUACACUUUUAACAGGUUUCAACAUGUUUAUUCUGUACAGAGGUUGCUAAUGAACAGUGAGGAAGCUUUACAGGUCUGUGCCUUGUCAUUACAAAGUUUUAUAGCCGAUAUGUACCAUAUUUUUUAUUUUUUUAUUACUGUGGUAAACUGUAAAACUUGAUGUGUAAACAGCUAUAUUCAACCUAUGUUAGUGUGUACUUGGUCAAGAGUAUUUUAUCGAAAUAAAUGAUGAGUUUUUAAAUUAGAGAACUGUGGGCACUUCUGCGCUGAUUCAGUAAAAUGAUGAAUAUAUAAUACUGUACACUGUCAAUAUAAAAUAGUCAAAUUAAAUAUUUUGAUAUUUUGAAAAAAUAAUUUUUUGAAAUUUUUUUUGAUGAAUCUGCUAUCUAAUAGAGAAAAACAUUAAUCAGCAAUUUUUUUUUCUAAUU